UCACGAGUCUCGUAACUUGCAGCGCUGCGCUGAUUGGUUGAAGAACUGGUCGGUCCAGCUGAUGGCAGAGGCGCAAGUAGUGUUGAUAACGCCGUCCUGGAUUUCUUCCCUAUUUAUUUGCUAAAGGAUAUUUAUUUGGAAAGGAUACAGCGAAUUUGGAGGAAAGGAAAGACAUGUCUUAAUGUAUUUCAUACCUGUGUCUGAUCCAUGUGCCAGUCAGCUGAAGCAUGCUGGAAGAAUGCAGCCCAUAACCAAAAGAGAUGCCGGAGUCUGGCAUCAGACGAGAAGCCUGCUCUACAAAAACCUGCUGAUCAAAUGGAGGACCAAACAACAGAGUCUCCAGGAGCUGAUCUUGCCUUUGCUGCUCCUGGGCCUCCUCAUCCUAAUUAGCACCCUCAACCCUCAUGUCUCAUACGGCAGUAUCAGCACUAAGGAGCUGGAGUACGAACGGGACCUGUCAAUCAAAGGUCUUGGCUACACCCCCAUCAACAAUGUCACCAAUCACAUCAUGGAAGAGGUGGCACGGGAACUGUCUAUGAAUGAGCGAUUAGAGAUGUUCUCCACCGAGAAAGAUUUGGAGAAUGCCAGUCUCUAUGAACCUGAUGGAUUUGUAGGAGUGGUCUUCUUGGAUCCAUUGUCGUACCGUCUGCGAUUCCCAUACAACCAGCUCCCUCUGCCUAGUGACUUCACUGAAUCCAUAACAAGCUGUUACACAAACUAUGUCAACUGUCGGGCUGCCAACUACUGGUAUUCUGGAUUCAUACGGCUGCAGUCACUUAUUGAUGCUGCCAUUAUACAGAUGAAGACCAAACGUCCGGUGUGGAAUGAAUUAAAAGUGCGUGCAGUGAUGAUGGGACAUCCGGGUUCGGUGGAGGUCCAGAAGUUCCCUCACGCACUGAUCUCCAUAUACCUAGUGUUGGCGUUUACACCCUUUGUCUCCUUCCUCAUUGUCAAUGUGGCAGCUGAAAAAGAGCAGCGCCUUAAAGACACCAUGGGCAUGAUGGGAUUGUAUGACUCUGCCUUUUGGCUUUCAUGGGGCCUUCUCUAUGCUGCACUAGUGACGACCAUGUCAAUUCUAAUGGCUGUUAUAGCAACCUGCACACCCCUGUUCUCCAACAGCAACUUCUUUGUCAUCUUCCUUCUCAUUUUCCUCUAUGGAAUAUCCUCUAUUUUCUUCUCCUUCAUGUUGACCCCUUUGUUUAAGAAGCCCAAGUUUGCAAGUACAGUUGGCUCUAUGUUGACAGUGGUGUUCGGAUGCCUGUCUCUUUUCACUGUGCUGAUGAGAGAUUUCCCACAGUCAGCUGUGUGGCUCCUCUGCCUUCUGUCUCCCAGCGCUUUCUCUAUUGGCAUCGCCCAGGUGGUGUAUCUGGAAGCUCAGGGGGACGGUGCAGUGUUUUCCUCUCUGGGCAAUGGUCCUCAUGCCCUCUAUGUUCCUAUGGUCAUGCUGUUCUUGGACUGCAUUCUCUAUCUGCUUUUAGCCAUGUACCUGGACCAAGUCUUACCAGGCGAGUUUGGCACAAGGCGCUCAGUGCUGUACUUCCUACAGCCAUCCUAUUGGUCAAAGCGGAGGAAGCGUUAUGUGGAGGUGAGCUCUGUGUACGAGGGCGAGGUGAACGGAACCCCUGUGAAUGAUGAAUCUGUGGAGGCGAUUUCUUCUGAGUUUAGAGGAAAAGAGGUUAUCAGGAUCUGCAAUAUCCGUAAAAUCUACAGCGAAAAAGACACCAAAGUGGAAGCUUUGAGAGGUUUGACUUUUGACAUCUAUGAGGGUCAGAUCACUGCCCUGCUGGGUCACAGUGGAGCAGGAAAAUCCACACUCAUGAACAUCCUGUGUGGCAUCUGCCCCCCUACAGAAGGCACGGCAACCAUCUAUGGCACCCCUGUGGCAGAGAUAGCAGAAGGGGCCGAGAUGAAACAGCUGGUUGGUAUAUGUCCCCAGUUCAACAUCAUCUUUGAUGUGCUCACUGUAGAGGAACACCUGAGGAUCUUUGCUGCCAUCAAAGGGAUCCUGCCCUCUGAUAUUGACAGUGAGGUAAGAAAAGUUCUAAGGGAUCUGGAUUUAGAAAAGAUUAUGGACGCUCAGGCAAAGAACCUGAGUGGAGGCCAAAAGAGGAAGCUCUCUGUGGGCAUAGCAAUUCUCGGAGACCCAAAGAUCCUCCUUCUGGAUGAGCCAACAGCUGGUAUGGACCCAGUGUCUCGGCACCAGGUCUGGUCCUUACUGAAGAGCCGUAAAGCAGGCAGAGUCACUGUACUCAGUACUCAUUACAUGGACGAGGCAGAUAUACUUGCGGAUCGUAAAGCUGUCAUCUCUCAUGGACAACUGAAAUGUGUUGGUUCCUCUUUGUACCUGAAGACCAAGUGUGGGGUUGGCUACCAUCUUAGAAUGUCUGUAACUGAAGGCUGUGAAGUGGAGAACAUCACAUCACUGGUCAAGAAGCAUGUUCCCAAGGCUCAGUUGUCAAGGCAGCAAGAGGCUGAGCUUACAUUCACAUUGCCUUUCGAGAGCAUGGACACUUUCCCAGGGCUGUUUGCGGAGUUAGACUGUCGACCUGACCUGGGUAUCAUUAACUACGGUGUCUCCAUGACAACGUUAGAGGAUGUAUUCUUGCGUCUGGAGGCAGAGGCAGAGGUGGAUAAGGCUGACUACAGUGUGUUUAACCAAGAAAAGCUGGAAGACGAGGGAGACGUGUCCUCUAUGGAUGAGACAGACCAGCGGCUGCUGACGUUUUCAGACAGCAGGCAGGAUGCAGUAACCGGACGUGCCCUCUGGAGGCAGCAGUUUAGCACGGUGGCUUGGCUGCACAUGCUCAACCUACAGAGAGAGAGAAAACCUUUUAUAUACAAUUUAACACUGUUCCUGGUUUUCUUGUCUGCAAUGCUGAUUCUGUCCGUGGCCACGGGAAACAUUCAGAUUCAUUCUCCUGAAAGACUGUUUUCACCUAUAUACCUGCUGCACCGCAACGAGGCUCCUCGCAAAUACACCACCAGCCUGCUUGUGCAAAACUCCACCGAUUCUGACCUGUCAGGGUUCAUCCAAAAUCUGGCGUCUCAGGACAUUAAAGUGGAAAUGAUGAAAAAACCGGACUACAUGUCUGCUGCACCUGUCAGCGCCGCCAUCAACGUGACUGGAUCCAGUAAAGAUUUUAGCUACAUUUUAGCUUUUAACAGUACCACAGUGCACUCCUUGCCUAUGGUUGUCAAUGUGCUCAGUAACGCUCUCCUGAGGGGCUUUAACGGCACCGGACACAUUAAAACAUGGACUAAACCCUUCGACUAUCAAAUCCCUGAUAAGACGUCCUAUGCACUGGUUUACAUAGAGGCUGUGAUUCUUGGGAUGCUGGCUGCAGGGAUGCCAGCCUAUUUUGCAAUGGACCACACAAGAGACAAAGAGUUGAAGUGUCGCUCGACCCUGAGGAUCUCUGGUCUUGUUCCUUCGGCGUACUGGUGCGGUCAGGCAGCUAUUGAUGUCCCUUUCUAUUAUCUUAUCUUAAUCUGUAUGACCAGCACCCUGUUUGCCUUCCAUUCUACAAACCUGCUAACCUUCUAUAAUACCUUGUCUGUGGCCCUGUGUCUGAUUGGUUUCGCUCCAGCCAUGGUUCUCUUCACAUACUGCGUAUCCUUCAUGUUUGUCAAAGUCCAGAGCAAUAGGGACUUCUUCUCCGUGGUCUCCAUGAUGUUGUGUGUGGUUUCUGCAUCCAUAGUCCAGAUGGCCCUUGUGAAUGAGAAUCCUGUUGUGGCUCGUCUCCUACACAAUGCACUGUGUUUCUUCAGUCCACUCUACCCUCUAAUGGGCUGCCUUAACUGCAUUACCAUGGCCACCUUCCUUCAGUCUCCUCAUGAAGAUGAUUUUCCAUGGAAGAACCUCUUUAUCUCUGUUGUGUCUCCGUAUAUCCAGUGUAUUCUGAUGCUCUUCAUCCUGAGAUGUCUUGAGAUAAGAUAUGGAGGGAAGACCAUGAAAAAUGACCAGAUCUGCAGGAUUUCCUCCCAAGCAAAGAGCAAUGCUCAGCGAAACCCAGAGGAGAACAUGAGUGAGGAUGAGGAUGUUCAGGUGGAGAGAGCUCAAGUGAAGGAGGCGCUAACUUGUCAGUGCUGUGAGGAGAAACCAGUGGUAGUGGUGAGUAACCUCAGGAAACAGUACAAAGGCAAGAGGGAGGGCUUUUCACUCAGCAAGAGAAGGAAUGUGGCCACUAAGAACAUCUCCUUUUGUGUUCGCAAAGGUGAGGUUUUGGGUCUGCUGGGACCAAAUGGAGCAGGAAAGAGCACUAUCAUGCACAUGCUGUCUGGAGACACUGAACCCACUGCUGGACAGAUUCUGAUGGGAGAUUAUGGCACAGACUUCCAACCAGUGGAAAACCCCUUGGAGCAUGUAGGGUACUGUCCUCAGGUGAACCCUCUGUGGCCUAGAAUCACUCUACAGGAGCACCUGGAGAUCUAUGCUGCUAUCAAGGGGUUACAUCAGCGUGAUAUACCAAACAUCAUCAAGCGUGUUGUGAGUGCUCUAGAGCUGAAGGAUCAUCUUUACAAACAGGCAAAAAACUUGUCUGCAGGGCUAAAGAGGAAGCUGUGCUUUGCACUAAGCAUGCUGGGAAAUCCUCAGAUAGUUCUGUUGGAUGAACCAUCUUCAGGAAUGGAUCCCAAAUCAAAACAGCGCAUGUGGAGGGCGAUCCGUGCUGCCUUUAAGAACAAACAGCGAGGAGCCCUUUUGACAACCCACUACAUGGAAGAGGCGGAGGCUGUGUGUGACCGUGUGGCCAUCAUGGUUUCUGGUCAACUAAGAUGUAUUGGCUCAAUACAGCACCUGAAGGGGAAGUUUGGGAGAGGCUACAGCCUAGAGAUUAAUCUCAGGGAGGAGCUCACGGGUCUCCAGCAGGUAGCACUGUUGCACAAAGAGAUACUGAAGAUAUUUCCUCACGCUGCUCGUCAAGACAGUUUUGCCACUCUGAUGGUGUAUAAAAUCCCAAUGGAAGAUGUGAAGUCACUAGCAAAGUCUUUUGCCCAGUUAGAAAAUGCAAAACAAAACUUUAACUUUGAGGAGUACAACUUCUCCCAGUCAACUCUUGAACAAGUUUUCAUGGAGUUCGCUAAAGAACAAGAGAAUGAAGAGGAGGAGGUCGGAUCACUUAGCACGACUUUUCAAUGGCAGAGACUGAGACAAGACGGCCCUGUAUCCAUUCAUCACGCUGACAGCAUAGUACACCAGCUAUGAGCCAAUCCUGUCCAACUUUCCCUGAAGCGUUGUUCCCUUAUUUUUUCCCUCUGUCUCUCUCUAUCACUCUGUAUGUGCCGUCCUUUGCCUUAAGAGCCUUAAACUGAUGGGACUCACAGGACAAUAGACUGUGGAUACUCCAGUGACCACUAGCACACAUACAGGACACGUGUGGGCUGUGAAACUCGCUUUGGCUCUUGUACUGGCACUUGCUUAGAUGGAAUCUGACAUGUGACUUGAGUGUCAGCAGUUAAUGCCGAGCAAGACUUAGCAGUUUAUUUUGUUGUUGUCAUUUUGUUUUUAAUGAAGACAUUUUAUUUUUUAAAUUCCACUCUCUGUAAUUUCUUAUAUCUUCCAUUCACCUGAUGUAUAUCAAACACAACAUUCUGUUGUUUCCAUAUACACUGUCAGUCACUAGGAAAUUGAUUGCAUGGAGCAGGUUCCACAUUAUUACCAAAGUCUCACUCACAUCAACCCCAAACAGUGCUUUUUGGUGUCUGUAGCAUGGGAUAUAAACUUACGUCUCUGUGUGUAUGGCUA